AUGCAAAGAAUAAGUAUAGACAAGUUGAAGCUCCAAAUACAUGGAUCGUCAGACUAUGCUCUUAUGAACCGUUUAAUUGGGUAUGUGCCUAAGAGUUUUGUAGAAGCAAAAUCAAUAACUGAGUUGGCGUUGUAUGAGGAUGAGUUUUACAAUUACAAGCCAGCUUUGUUGUUAGUUCAUGUGGAUAAGCAAAUUGUCCAAACCGUAAUUGCUAGUUUUCCUGUUGCAGAAGAGAUAACAUUUGAUUGUUAUGGAUUGAAAAAUAUAUAUAUGUCAGGUCUCCCUAAGCUCAUUACCUUUGUGCUGCUUCCUAAUCCUACACUUGAGAGCUUUGAGAUGGAAGCACCAAAUCUAAAGAAGCUAACAUUAAAUUUACCUAAUUUGACAGACAAAUGGUUGCACAGUAUCCUUUCUAAAUAUCCACUCAUUGAGAGCUUGAGCCUAAUUACUUGCAAAAUGUUAAAAAGGAUUAAGAUUUCAAGUGAUCGCAUGAAAAGUUUGACGAUUUGUCAUUGCAAGAAGCUGGUUGAAGUUGACAUUGCUGCUCCUAACUUACAUAAACUCUCUUAUAAAUUUGGUGAUGUUAUAUCCAUUUCUUCCAACACUUUGGCGCUAUCAGAAGUUAUUCUCAUCUUUAAGAGUAAUAAUGCUCCUUUGGAUGCUGAGAAGAUUGAAUUUCUCGCAAAGUUAAAUCACCCGAAAUUAUUGACUUGGAUUAUUACAUAUGUCAAGAAUGUGAUUGCUCCAAAAGAAUUGAGAGAAACACUACGAUCCCCUUCAUAUAAUGUCAAGCAAUUGAAGCUAACGAUUGAACAUCUAUGUGAAAUAUAUGAAAUCACCGAACUUGUGGAUGCCUUAUUGUGGAUUUUCCCUCUUCUGGAGACUCACUUUAUACAAUGGACGGAGGAUGAUAAUCGAUAUUAUAACACAAUUCACGAAAUAUCUUUCCAGUUCUCAUAUGAAAACCAUGUUCGUAAAGGGGAGAAUCUCAAUUGUUGCAAAUUCCUUCCAGUUUCGUGUUGGCGACAUUGUUUAAAGACUAUCAAGAUUGAAGAGUCCGAAGCAUCAGCAUAUGUGAAACCUUUAGAGACAUAUUUUAUUAAGAAUGCAGAAAUAUUAAGGAGCAUCCAAUAUUCUGAAGGACUUGUAUUGCUUAAACAAGACAAAGAUCAGGAGCUGGAGCUGUAG